AUGGGAAGGUCAAAGGUGAUACUUGAUGCAGGAAAGUAUGGAUAUUGGAAAUCCAGGAUGAGAUUGAACAUCCGAAGUAUUGAUGAUGUCACAUACUACAAGUGUAAAGGCCUCGGACACACGCACCAGGAAUGUGAAAGCGACGAGAGGCAAGGAAAAUCGAUGAUUAGUGUUGCUGAUGAAGAGUCUAAAGAAGAUACAUAUGAAGAUGAAGAAAUCAGUAACUUUGUAGCCUUUGCCGGAAUUUCUGAAUUUGUGGAAGAAAGAAAAGGAUCUGAAUCAGAUACCGAUGACUCGUCCAGUGAUGAAGAAGAUGAGAUUGAUAUCUAUGAAAGCUUCAAAGAAGUUCGUGAUGCUUUGGUUGAAACCGGGAAAGAGAAUCUCGAACUGAAAAAGGAGAAUGCUCGUCUUGAAGAAAAGGUUGGAGAACUUCAGAAGGCACUUCAAGCGGAAAAAGAUCUCAACAUGGAUAAUCUCAAUAUCAUGUUGGAAAAGAUGGAAGCGGUUAAACGAGCAGAUGACAUCACCAAAGAGUACUUUUUGGAGAAGGAGAACUCCAGGAGUCUACAAGCUGAGUUAGAUCAACAUCGAAAGCAACUGAAGAUGUUGACUGGAACUAAGGAGCUCGACAAGAUCCUGAGUCUGGGUCGUGUUGGGAAGUCAAAUCUUGGUCUGGGAUACUCAACAGGAAGUGGAUCAACCGGCAAGACAGUCACUUUCGUGUCUGGAGGAAUAGCUCAAGAUGUUGUUCAAGCAGAGACUAGAUCAUCCGCACAGAAACCUGAUCCCAUCCUAAGGAGUGGAAAUCGAGGAAAGACCACCAUGGGAUUAGGAUAUGAGGCUAAGAAAGUCAGUAAUGCUAGAGCAUCACAUCGCCACAGAGGACAUCAAGGGAAACAGUGCUAUUUUUGUGGAGUUGUGGGUCAUAUCAAGGCGUUCUGCAACAAGUUUUGUGCUAGAGUUGAUCACGCCUGGAGACAAGGACGCUACUACUGGAAUCAUGGACUGAACCAAGUCUUCAUCAGGAAGACUGAUCUUUACCAGAAUCCUGCUCGACGUACAGCACCAGGUGGUACAAGACAGCGAUUCUGCUCCAAUAUGGCACUAUUUGAAGAAAGCAAUGAGGUGGACAACACAGGAACGUGGUACUUCGACAGCGGUUGUUCCAGACAUAUGACUGGCAUGAAAGAAAAUCUGCAGGAUGUGAAGCAGUUAAAAGGAGGAAAGGUGACAUUUGGAUGUGGAACCAAAGGAACUAUUCAAGGCAAAGGACGAACAUCUGAGGAGCAGCCACAACUUAUGAAUGUCUAUCUUGUCCAAGGUCUAAAGUCAAAUUUGAUCAGUGUCAGCCAACUAUGCGAUGAAGCGAUUGGGACACAUGAAUAUUCGCAUCUUACCACUCUGGUGAAUAAGGAGAUUGUUCGUGGUGUUCCAAAACUGAAAGGAUGUGAGAAAAUCGUGUGUGGUCCAUGCAAUCAAGGGAAACAAGUGAAGGUCCAGCACAAGAAGGUGCCAGAUGUACAAUCCAAGUCAGCACUGGAUCUAGUACACAUGGAUUUUAUGGGACCAAUGCAAGUGGAGAGCAUUGGGCAAACGCUAUGUCUUUGUUCUAGUGGAUGA